AUUUACUUACUUUGCACCGUUCAAAAUGGAGUCAACUUGAAAUUUCUGGCAUUCUUUUUGAAGAAAUUUUGUAAUAUACUGAAAUGGCUGAACAGUUGCCUAUUUUUGUUAUAUUAUCUGUGAUAAUUUUAUCGAUUUUCGGAGUAACAUUUAGCCAGUUGGUUGUAAAUGUCCGAAACAAGGGCGGAGACGUCGAACGGGAGAAAAUCGAGUCCAACACAACAGCUGAUACUGUGAAGUUAGAGUACUUGUCUAAAGAUGGAACUCUUGUGACAUACUUCACAGAUUUUAAAGCUCAUAUCCAAAUUUUCCGUGUGAUUGUUCCCUGGGAGGAAGAGAGAGGAAUUGUUCAGAGUACACCACAGGUGUUAUGUUUUAUCACAAGAUUUGGGAAAAAUGAGUUCAUCUCUUCAGAUGCUAUGUCCAAACUUAGACAGAAAAAUCCUACAGCUGUACGGACACCUGAAGAAGACAAGGGCCUUGAAAAACAUACUUUAAAUCUAGUUGUAAAUAUAGACCAGUCAGCCAUCUUGAGUCAACAUUUAUACAACAUCUGUCACGAUGCUAGGGAUUCCAUGUACAUAGAGGAUACAGAUGUUAAACUUCUCUCACAAGUAUUGAACCAUGAUGUAGACAAGGUGAUGUCAGCAAUGAAGUCGCCAGAAUUAGAAAAACAGUCCCGGUGUAAGGAUACGUCAGAUAUAAAAAAACCAUGUUUCUGCCAGUACCACCUGUGUGUUGGUUGGUACCCGUGUGGACUCAAAUAUUGCCGAGGGAAGGACUCGGCUGGUAAAGUUGUCAAUUAUCGUUGUGGUAUAAAGACUUGCCGACGAUGUCUAUUGUUUGAACACUUUGCAAGACAGAAAAUGUAUUGUCUAUGGGAUGAUCUAUGAGUUUCAUGCCAUCUUAGAAAUACUGGAUAAAUCGGCAUUCAUCUUGAAGAAAAACAGCUAGUUGUGUCGUUGUUUCAGAUAUGCGUAUUUUCACUUGCAGUUACUGUCAUCUGAGGGAUUGUAUGGCUGAUUAUCCUAUUUAAACUUGGUUCCCUCCAGGGAGUUGAUAAGUUGUAUGUAGUAUAUGUACGGCUUCAAGAUUCCCUCUAGUAUGAUUUUGCUAAAGACGAGGUCUUUGCGUGGACCAGUGAAGCUUUGCUAUAAAUAGACAUUUUAAAUGUGAUAUCUGUGCCAGUAUAUCAGAUUUUAAAGUCUGACAUUUAGACUUCAGAACAGAAUAUCAGAUUGCCAAAACUUUAUAACUGGGUUAUACUGCAAACAAUUUUGCUGAGCUGUUUGUCAGCUGUGGAAAUCACAUUCAUUGAAAGUUUCUUUAACUGUCAGUGCUUAUUUAAUCAGUGGAGGAGAAAAAAGAAUAUUAAGCUUUUUGACAAAAUGUCCAGGAAAUAUAGGACCUGUAGAUGCUGUUCUUACUUACCGCAGUAAAUGGCUUCACAUUCAGCUCCUAGCUCGUAGUAUCAUGUCUCCUCAGUACAGUCAUGCUUUUAUCAACAUACUUAUGCAUGGAUACUUUGAAAUCCGAAAUAGAUGCGAAUGAGUUUGAAAGUGCCUCAAGCUUUAAGG